AUGACGCAAAAGUCCACAUACCAGUCAGGCUCAUCUCCAUGGUCUAAUAUAUUACGCGUACUGACCCGUUUCGUGAUCUGCUCCACCCUCAUUCUGGCUGUCAGUGUGGCUCUCAAGUCCCGCUCUCGUCUCUCCCUCCUCCUCCCCCACCUCUCCUCCAACCAUAAAACAAUCAUGUCUUAUCAACAGGAACGCUACAUUGCCGAGUUGGCUGUCCAGCGGGCAUGUCUUCUGACCCAGAAGGUCUUCUUCGAGAAGGCCAAGGGCACUGUUUCCAAGGAUGACAAGUCUCCCGUCACCAUUGGCGACUUCGGCGCUCAGGCCUUGAUCAUCUCGGCCAUCCGCAAGAACUUCCCCAAUGAUGAGAUCGUCGCCGAGGAGGAGGCUAGCACUCUGCGUGAGGACAAGGACCUUAGCGCUGAGAUCUGGCGCUUGGUUAAGGACAUCAAGUUGGACGAUGAGGAGAGCGAUGACAUUCUGGGUGGACCUUUGGCAAGUGAGCAGAGUAUGCUGGACAUCAUUGAUAGCGGCAACAGUGCUGGUGGUGCCAAGGGCCGCAUCUGGGCUCUUGAUCCCAUCGACGGCACCAAGGGAUUCCUUCGUGGUGGACAGUACGCCGUGUGCCUCGGCCUGAUGGUCGACGGCGAUGUCAAGGUCGGUGCUAUCGGCACUCCCAACCUUCCCGUCGAUGAUGCUGCCACCCUCGACGCUAGCAUCGGUGCCCAACAGGCUGCUACUGCCGGCAAUGGCGUCUUGUUCUCCGCUGUCCAAGGAGAAGGUGCCACCAGCCGUCCUCUGGCUAGCGGUACUCUUGCUACCAGCAAGCCCAUCUCCAUGCGUCCCGUCGCUAAGAUCUCAGACGCUGUCUUCUGUGAGGGUGUUGAGGCUGCACACUCUGCCCAGGGUGACAAUGCCGCCGUUGCACAGCUUCUUGGAAUCACCGCCCCCAGUGUGCGAUUGGACUCGCAGGCUAAGUACUGCUCCAUUGCCCGUGGUGCUGGUGAUGUCUACCUGCGCCUCCCCGUCAAGAAGGACUACCAAGAGAAGAUCUGGGAUCACGCUGCUGGUGACCUGAUUGUGCGCGAGGCUGGUGGCCAGGUGACCGACAUCUACGGCAACCGAUUGGACUUCAGCAAGGGCCGGACCUUGGCUGUCAACAAGGGUGUCGUGGCUGCUCCCAAGGCCCACCAGGACCAGGUUAUUGCUGCCGUCAAGAACGUUUUGAAGCUGUAA